AUGAAGCAGCGAUUCUCGUCCUUGGACGUCAAGGUCAUCGCUCAUGAGCUCUCGUCAGCGCUAGUGAGCCUGCGCGUCUCCAACAUUUACGAUCUCUCGUCACGAAUCUUCCUGUUCAAGUUUGCCAAACCAGAGCGUCGCGAACAGCUCAUCAUAGACUCUGGCUUCCGAUGCCACCUUACCACCUUUGCUAGAGCCACCGCCGCCGCCCCUUCGCCCUUCAUCACCCGUCUCCGCAAGUACCUGCGCACCCGAAGAGUCACCUCGGUCUCCCAGAUCGGUACCGACCGCAUCAUCGACAUCCAAUUCUCCGACGGCCAAUACCAUCUGUUCCUCGAAUUCUAUGCUGGCGGAAACAUUGUCCUUACCGACAAUGAGCUCAACAUCAUUGGUCUGCUCAGAAACGUCGACGAAGGUGCAGAGCACGAGCGCUACCGUCUAGGCCUCCAGUACAACCUCGAGCUGCGUCAAAACUAUGGAGGCGUUCCACCCUUGACCAAGGAUCGAGUCCGCGCUGGUCUAGAGAAGGCCAUUGAGCGUCAGGCUCAAGAUCAAUCUACUAAAAAGAUCAAGAAGAAGCCUGGAGAUGCUUUGCGCAAAGCUCUAGCCGUCUCAAUCACAGAGUUCCCUCCUGUUGUGCUUGACCACGUCUUUGAAGUUACUGGCUUCGACAAGAACGUGCAACCUUCUGAGGUUCUCGAGAAUGAAGAGACUCUUGACAAACUCAUGGCUGUCUUUGAUGAGGCUUCCAAGGUUCUCGCUGACAUUACCUCUGCCGAAACUGUCACUGGUUACAUUGUAUGCAAGCGCAACAAGAAGGCUGCUGGAGACAAGAAGAAUGAAGACGCUCAAACUGAAGAGGACAAAACCAAGGGCCUGAUGUACGACGACUUCCAUCCUUUCAAGCCCAAGCAGCUUGAAAACAACCCUGAGAAUGUCUUCUUGGAAUUCACAGGCUUCAACAAGACAGUGGAUGAGUUCUUCUCGUCCAUCGAGGGUCAGAAGCUUGAAUCCAAGUUGAAUGAAAGAGAAGAGCAGGCAAAGAAGAGGUUGGAAGCAGCCCGUCAAGAACAUGCCCGUCGUAUUGGUUCUCUCCAGCAAACACAGGAACUCAACGUCACGAAAGCCCAGGCUAUCGAGGCGAACCUGGACCGUGUUGAAGAGGCUACCGCAGCUGUUAAUGGUCUCAUCGCUCAAGGUAUGGACUGGGUUGAAAUCGAACGUCUGAUCGAGAUGGAGCAGAGUCGCAACAAUGCCGUCGCCGAGAUCAUCAAGCUUCCUCUCAAGCUUGAGGAAAACACCGUCACUUUACUACUGUCUGAUUACUCGUAUGAAGAGGAAGAAGAAAUGGGUGACGUGACUGAGAGUGAUAACUCGGACAGUGAGGACGAGGACAAGAACAAGUCCACAAAGAGCACCCAGAAGGAAGACAAGCGUCUUACUGUCGAUAUUGACCUUGGCUUGUCAGGUUGGUCAAACGCACGUCAAUACUACGACCAGAAGCGCGUGGCCGCUACCAAGCAGGAAAAGACCGAACAGGCUUCCACCAAGGCGCUGAAGAGCACCGAACAAAGAAUUCAAGCAGACUUGAAGAAGGGCUUGAAACAAGAGAAGGCAGUUCUUCGCCCUGUUCGCAAACAGCUCUGGUUUGAGAAGUUCAUUUAUUUCAUUUCCUCUGAUGGUUACCUGGUUCUCGGUGGUAAGGAUGCUCAGCAAAACGAGCUUCUAUACCGCCGCCACUUGAAGAAGGGUGAUAUCUACGUCCAUGCUGAUCUUCAUGGCGCCUCGUCUGUCAUUAUCAAGAACAACCCUGGACUAGCUGAAUACGAGAUCCCUCCAUCAACUUUGUCGCAAGCUGGAAACCUGUCAGUCUGCACAUCAAGUGCCUGGGACUCCAAGGCUGUCAUGUCUGCAUGGUGGGUAAACGCCGAUCAGGUUUCGAAGACUGCUCCUACCGGAGAAUACUUGACUACUGGUGGCUUCAUGAUUCGCGGCAAGAAGAACUUCCUUCCUCCUGCUCAACUUCUUCUUGGCUUUGCAGUCAUCUGGCAAAUCAGCGAACAAAGCAAGGCCAAACACGUCAAACACAGACUGCAGAACGAUGAUGUCCGUGGAAUGACCCAGGAGGCAAACUCGAAAGCAGCUGCCAACGAAGAAUCGGAUGACGACUUCCCAGAUGCUGGAAGGGAUGAGGCUAGUGAUGAUGAGUUCCCUGAUGUCAAGGAUGAGGGCAAGACUGAUGAGUCUGAUGACGAGUUCCCUGAUGCGCAAAGGGUGAUGCAUCUGCUAGCGAGGGUGNCAAGAACCCCUGAGGAACGCUCGAAUCCUCUGCAGCCUCGGGGAGCACAGCAAUCGCGUGAGCAGCCCUCUGAGAUGGCAGAUGAAGAUGCACACUCGAGUGUCUCCGAGUCUGAGGGUGAAGAGGAGACAAGCGAGGAGAAACAAGACUCCAAGCCAGAGGCCUCAGAAGCUGCACAACCGCAAGGCAAGAAGGCUAGCGGCAAGAACAAGGGCAAAGGUGAAGCUCCCAAGAACACAUCUAACNCAGCCCAAACAAACCAAGCCCGUCCGCGGCAAACGCGGCAAAGCCAAAAAGCCGCCCAAAAAUACGCCGACCAAGACGAAGAAGACCGCCUUCUAGCCAUGGAAAUCCUCGGCUCCAAAGCCGCCGAAGAANAAACGCUCGGCCGAAGAAGAAGAAAAAGGCCAAAAGGUCGAAAGCGCCGAAGCCGCCAAAGAACGGCGUCGCGCUCAACACGAAAAGGCACAAAAGAAGGCUUGGAAGCUGAAGAAAUCCGCAGGUUGAAUUUGGAAGAGGGCAUUGAGGCGUUGGAUGAAGAGGAGAGUAGUGCUGUUACGCAGUUGGAUGCUUAUGUGGGGACUCCUCUUGCUGGCGACGAGUUGCUGGAGGCUAUUCCUGUUUGUGCUCCUUGGGCUGCACUGGCAAAGUACAAGUAUAAAGUCAAGUUGCAGCCUGGAGCGCAGAAGAAGGGCAGAGCUAUUCGUGAGAUCAUGGAUAGUUGGGCUAAAGCUGGUACUGUCAACAAGUGGGUUGAUCAGUCCAUGACCGAUACCGAACGCAUUUGGCCUAGAGAGCUUGAACUCAUCAAGAACUGGAAAGAUGUAGAGGUCAUUGGUGUGUUGCCUGUUAGUAAGGUCAGAGUCAUGAUGAGUGGAGGCGCUCAUGGUAGUGGCGGCAGCGGAGGUCAAAAAGGCAAGGGCAAAGGAAGAGGAGGCAGAGGUUCCAAGAAGUCUCGUUAA